AUGGAUGUCGUUUGGUCUUGGCCGCCGGUGACGAGGACCCUCGUUGUAGGCUCGUUUGUCACCUCCAUCGGCGUCUAUAGCAACCUCAUUCCCGCCUACCCUUUGGUCUUCCUUCCAUACAAGAUCUUCGCCUUUCCACCACAGAUCUGGAGGCUGGUUACUGCCUUCUUCAUAACUGGGCCGCGGACUGGUAUCAUAUUCGACCCAUACUUCCUGUACCAGUAUGGUUCGCAGCUGGAGCUCAGCUCCUCGCGCUUUACUGAACCGGGUUCCUUCCUCACGUACAUCGCCUUCAAUGGCCUUGUUAUUUCGGCUCUGGCUGGCUACUGGCUUGGUUCUGUCGUUCUCCUCUCCGCCCUCAUGAUGGCAGUCACGUACACGUUCGCCCAGGACAACAGCAGCAGGAUGGUAACGUUCUUCAUCGUCACCAUUCAGGCCAAAUACCUACCCUAUCUGCUAUUGGUCUGGACCUUCGUCGCGGAUGGACCCUCACCGGCUAUGCUCCAGCUCACCGGGCUUCUUUCUGCUCAUCUCUACGACUUUUUGACCCGCAUUUGGCCGACAUUUGGUGGUGGCAGCAAUCCGAUCAAGACCCCAAGAUUUAUUAGGCAGUACUUUGAGGGAGGUGGUGUGCGGCCUGCUCCUCAGCAGCGUGGCUUCGGCAUGGCUUACGCCCCACCUGGUGAGGCGCGCACUACUGGCUCAAGUUGGGCGUCAACGCGUGGUCCGGGCCGCCGUCUCGGUGGAGAAUGA